UCUCGCCGGAUGUGUGGCCGCUUCCCGGCUCCGGUGCGCACUUCUCCCCGCAGCGUGGCCCCAGCCACUCCGGCUGUCCCAGGGGACGGAGGAGGGGCAGCACCGCGCCCGAUCGGCCGAGCGGCCCGCGACCAGAGGCCGGACUCCCGAGGAUCCAGGGCCAUCUCCGCUGCCGACUGAACCAUGGCUCAUCGCUCACAAUGCUCGUCCUUCGGCGAUGUGGACCGGGACCCCGGGCAUGUCCCGCCCCACUACAAGGAGUACUACCGAAUCGCCAUCGAUAUCCUGGCGGAGGAGGGCAUCGAUGCCUACUACCAGUUCCUGGCUGCCGAGCAGGAGGUAGAUUUCCUCAGCAGCACUGAGAUCGAGCACAUCAACAAGCACCUGAAGAAGCCCACCGUCCCCCUCGACAGCCUGGACUACACCCCGGCCACCUACGAGGACUCGGAUUCCUCGGGCACAUACUGGCCCGUGCACACGGACAUCGCCGCCCCCGUUCUGGAUCUGGGCUGGCCCAGCACCCACACCUUCAGGGGGCCGUCUGAUGUCACCAUCUUCGUUCACCCUCCCGCCCCCGACACCCUCAGCAUCAAGGAGGAGGUGCGCCGUCUGAUCCGCUCCGCCACACAGGUUAUUGCGAUUGUGAUGGACAUUUUCACCGACAUCGACCUGUUUGAUGAGGUGUUGGAGGCUGCCAGCCGUGGGAUCCCUGUCUACCUCCUCCUGGAUGAAAUGUUCUCUCACCACUUCCUCGACAUGGUCAAGAAGUGCCAAGUGAACCUGGGUCAUGUGCACUUCCUGCGGGUACGGACGUUGGUCGGAUCCACCUACUACUGUCGCUCUGGGAUGUCCUUCACCGGCAACCUGAUCGAGCGCUUCCUGCUGGUGGACAGUAAUGCCGUUCUCUGCGGUUCCUACAGUUUCAUGUGGUCCUUUGAGAAGAUCCAUCGCAGCAUCGUGCAGCGGUUUCAGGGAGAGCUGGUGGCGAUCUUUGAUGAGGAAUUUCGGAUUCUGUACGCCCAGUCACGCCCGCUGGCCGGCCUGGAAAACGUGGAGCCAGCCAUGGACAACUACUACAGCAUGACCCCGUAUCCGCGCAUCAGCAGGAGCGGGGCCAAGCCUGGCCCCGUCCACCGGUACCAGGAGGACAUCCUCUCCCAACAUUCCGGCCACUCCUGGGCUGAAUCCGACCCUGAGCACUUCCCCCGAAUUUUCAGGCAGGACGGCGAGGAGAGGCGAGUCACAGAGGGAGUGGGUGUCAGAGGCUAUGGCAAGCAGUUCUCCCACUUCCAGCAGGAUAGGAUCCAGUUUGACCCCACAUCCAACACCAUUCUCCGGGCAAAGCGGAUGGAGAUGAACUCGUACAAGCGGAGAAGUUACACGGAGGACAUGAUGGAAAGCUCCGAUUAUCAGCAUGGCCGAAUCACUGAGCACUAUGACGGGUUGGAUGUCAGGUCGGAGCACUUGUUCAGGGAGAAACUGGUUCCCCUGGAGCCUGGUCUGAUGAGGGAGAGGUUCAACUCCUUCAACAGCAGGCACCGGCUGCUCGACCGCCUCAGGCAUAGUAGAGAGGAAUUGCAUCUGGUUGACAAUUCGGUGCAACAUGGACGACACGGUUAUGAGCAAAGGAAUUAUGAGGAGGCCUUCCUGUCCGGUUACCCAUUGCAACCUCCGCUGGUGAACUAUGAACCAUCCAACUCCUCCAAGGAAGUCCGGUAUGGCUCCAGUGAGCUGGAGCAGGAUAGUGAAGGGAGACUGGGUCUCAAAGUUCAGAAGCGGCCCAACAUUGGCCAGUCGUACUCCUGCCAGAAAUCUCCCACUCAGAAGCAAGUUCUGGACCCCAAGAUGGUUUUCCAGGAGUCGAGCCUGGGGCGCAAGUCUGAUGACCAGCCGACCAAACUUGGGCUGAGGAGAUGGAGACUGGGCUCCUACCUCGGCGAACACUCAGGCCUGCCCGAGGACACCUCGGCUGCUGAUCGGCCUCCUACCAGUGACAAGCCUGAUGGUUCAAGUAAGGAAGGGGAUCAGUGUGAGAGCACCUUGAUCAGGGACCCUCCACAGUUUACAAGUUACAAGCGCUUUGACCUGUAUAGCAAGCUGCAGAAGGUGGACGUAGCUGAUGGUCAAUCCUCGGAUCAGGGAGAUGGCGAGCAGACGACGAAGCUCGCGAAGCAUGCGUCUCUGCGCAGUAAGCUGAACCCACUGCAGCAGAGGGGCUCCAGGCUAAGGUCAUCGCUGAUCUUCAGUUCCUCAAAACUCGAGCAGCACAUCUCACAGAAGGGGCGGAAGGUGCUGAGCAUCCGGGAGCAGAUCCAGAACGAGGUGAAGGAAUCCGAGGAGCAGGAGCCUCCCGCGGCCGGGGAGACGGCGGGGACGAACGCUGAGGAUCAGGCCAGUCAGAGCCACCAGCUGGCGGCUGCCCAGAGCUCGCCAGGUGAGCCCGCUGCUUCCUCGCAGGCAAAUCCAGGUGCGCUGCUUGAAGCGAGCUCGGCACUGGAGCCGGAGCAGCAGCCGGAAAGUUCCGGACCGGUUGUUUGUCCCAACCCCCAACAGAAGUUGUCAAAAGUAGACCUCCAGCUCAGCAAAAAGGUUCAAGAUGCCCUGAACAAGAUGGUCCAGCACACACCGACCUCCAAAGAGGUGAAACCACCACCGCCCGACAAGGCCCAGGAGCGGCCGUCGGACAGGUCCUCGGCUGCGCAGCCGUGUGCUGAUCUGCCCCCAAAGCCCAGUCCCCAACCCUCCGAGCUGGAGACCAAACCUCACCCAACAGGACCCCAGCCUUCUCAAAACGUGAGCGCCCCCAGAGAGACCCAGGCCCACACCUCGGCGACCACCCAAGGUCAGAAGAGCCCCUCCUCCACCUCCACCUCCACCCUGGAGGAGGUCAGCGGCAGCAGCGCGGCCAAGGUUAAGCUGCACUCUUCUGCCGUGUGUCCGAACGCAGUGGAGAAUGGGGAAGGGGCAGAAGGGGGACCGCCCAAUCCCCAAACCGUGCCGAAGGCAUCGCCCAAACAGAGGGGGUUCCUCAACCUCCCCGCAGACGGGAAGUCGAAAGAAUCGCCCAUCAGCCCGAUCCCGGGGCAGACCGCUGCUGCCGAGGGUGAGAAGGGUCCCGAGAAAGCUCCAAAAAAUAACCACGCUGAAGCCUCAGAGAAAGAGGACAAGCUGCACCGGUCUCCCACUCACCCCACCGCAGCCAAAGUGACCCCAUUGGCCCAGGGCAGCCGGUAUUCCAGCACGACGUCCAACAUCCUGUACAGCAGCAACCUGCGUGAUGACACCAAGGUCAUCCUGGAGCAGAUCUCGGCCAACAGCCAGAAGAACCGAGCCGAGAGCACCAAGGCGCAGCUUCCCCCGGUCAACGAGGCGGAUGGCUCCACGAGCGCAGCCCCAGCCAAGGCCGCCGCCAGCGAUGCCGAGAAAACGGACGCCGAUAAGAAGCUGAGUGUCGAGAGCCUGACCAAACACAAAGGCAGGGUGCCGAGCGCUCCUGACCACAUGGACCCUCUGAUUAAGAGGAUGGACAGCUUCCGGAAGGAGAGACGGGUGUACAGCCGCUUCGAGGUCUUCUACAAGAAGGACGAGCCUCUGAAAACCAAAGGGGACUCGGGGCAGCAAGACCCCAUGGAUGUGGAUGGAACCGAGAGGAAGAAAGUGACCAAAUUCAUACCCAAGAUCUUCGGGACGUUCCGGAGGUUCUAACACUGCCUCCACUGAAGCAUUGAAGAUGUCCCGUCUCCUGGACUGCAGACUGCUGGGUGUGACUUUUAGGAAACGGAACCAGGGUCCGGGCCGCAGCUGACCAAAUGAAAGCCGCUUUCCGUCUGGGAGCACAGGGCAGUGGGACUUUCAGGGGAACUGGUGCGGUCUCCGGAGAACCGGGGCCAACCUAGAGAAGGCCCCACAAUGACCAGAGGUGUUACUGCCACCUCGUACUCUGUGGCAGAACCGCAGCAGCUGGCUGAGGUUAACGAGGCAGGGUACCACCGCACUGAUCUUCACAGCGGCGAGAGAGCAGAGACUGGGCAGGCCAGGUGGGGGGGUGGGAAACUGCUGUUGUACAAUGAGCGCUCACUGCCUCUAGGAGGCAGCACUUCCGCCAAAGUUGCAGCCAACUGGGUGAGGUUGAGUUUAUAAAGGGGGUGGGACACUGAUUUUGUCCCACUUUUAAUUACCUGCCACCAGUUUUUGUUUGUAUUGCUUGCUGAUGUCUGCCCUGCAGAUUAGGAGCUCCGGGGCCAAUUUUUUGAUAGCCACGUGCUUUUUAUUUCAUACAUUGGUGUCUACUUAAGGAGUGGCAGCCAGGGCAAUAAACACUGGUCUUCCAGCCAAGCCCACGUCCUGGAACAUGCACAGAAUCUAAGAGAACCCUCCAGUUUUACCUCGGGUCGCCCAUAGUAGCUGCCCACUUUCUCACUGGAGCACAGCGCAGCUCAGCUCAAACCCUGCCAUGGGACAUAGAGCAGUGGAGCGCAAGACAGGCCCUUUGGCUCACAAUGUCUGUGCCAAGCAUGAUGCCAAACUAAACUGCAUAUCUGCCUGCAAAUGGUCCAUAUCUCUCCAUUCCCUCCAUGGUCCAUAUCUCUCCAUUCCCUCCAUGGUCCAUUCCCUCCAUGGUCCAUAUCUCUCCAUUCCCUCCAUGGUCCAUAUCUCUCCAUUCCCUCCAUGGUCCAUAUCUCUCCAUUCCCUCCAUGGUCCAUAUCUCUCCAUUCCCUCCAUGGUCCAUAUCUCUCCAUUCCCUCCAUGGUCCAUAUCUCUCCAUUCCCUCCAUGGUCCAUAUCUCUCCAUUCCCUCCAUGGUCCAUAUCUCUCCAUUCCCUCCAUGGUCCAUUCCCUCCAUGGUCCAUAUCUCUCCAUUCCCUCCAUGGUCCAUAUCUCUCCAUUCCCUCCAUGGUCCAUAUCUCUCCAUUCUCUCAAUGGUCCAUUCCCUCCAUGGUCCAUAUCUCUCCAUUCUCUCAAUGGUCCAUUCCCUCCAUGGUCCAUAUCUCUCCAUUCUCUCAAUGGUCCAUUCCCUCCAUGGUCCAUAUCUCCCCAUUCUCUCAAUGGUCCAUUCCCUCCAUGGUCCAUAUCUCUCCAUUCCCUCCAUGGUCCAUAUCCCCCCAUUCCCUGCCUGUCUGAAUGUCUCUUCCAUGUUGCUAUCGUACCUGCUUCCACUACCUCCUCUGCAGUGUGUUCCAGGCACCCACCACUCUCUGUGUAAACAAAAUCUUGCUUCACAGAUUGUCUUUCUCUGAUAUCUGACAUUUCCAUCCUAGGAAAAAAGACUACCUACCCAAUCUAUUUCCUCUUGUAAUUUUAUGAACUUCUAUCAGGUCUCCCCUCAGCCUCUGCCACACCAGAGAAAACAACCCAAGUUUAUCCAAAGUUUCCUUAUAGCUCAUACUGUCUCAUCCAGGCAGCAACCUGGUGAACCUCUUCUGUACCCUUUCCGAAGUUUCCACAUUCUUCCUGUAAUGGGGCGACCAGAACUGCACACAAUGCUGUCCAAAGCUUCAUAAAACUGCAAACUGACCUCCUGACUUUUAUAUUCAAUGCUGCAGCUGAUGGAGGUUAGCAUGCCCUAUGCCUUACCACACCAACUGCUUGUGUUGACACUUUCGACUUGCACCCCAAGAUCCCCCUGUACAUCAAUGCCAUUAACAGUUCUGCCAUUCACUGUAUGCUGUUCCCUUGCAUUUGACCUCCCAAAGUGCGACAUCUCACACUUGUCUGGAUUAAACUCCACUGCCAUAUUCCCAACUGCUGCUGUAUCCUCUGACAACCUUUCUCACUAUCCAGAACUCCACCAAUUAUCGUGUCCUCUGUAAGCUUACUGAUCAGCCCGCCUGAGUGAGUGCUUCUGUGAGUACAGGAGCUCCUGCUGGACACGUGGCUCCACUCAGAAGUCCGAGUGUGUGUCCCAGGCCAAACCGAGCCUGCUUCACGGUGACGUCACCCCGUUCACAUUUUCUAAUGAGCCGCUGCAUAUAGCAGCCUGGUGUACAGAAUAUACCCGUGCCCAUUGAUAAUGGGAGGGGAGGUGCAGUCAGCUGGCAUGCUGACCCUCCUUGCAUUGGUGGCUGGGAAUGCAUUUCAGCCUCUGGCAGUUAGAGGGAUGAACAAACGAAAGGUUUGUCUGAGGGGUGGGAGUGGGUGCGAUGGGGUUGCUUUGAAUCCUUUCUUAUUAGUAAGGACAGUACCAUAACAACAUUUAAAAGACAUUUGGACAGGUACGUGGACAGGAAAGGUUUUGAGGGAUAGGGGCCAAAUGUGGGUAAAUGGGACUGGCUUAAGAGGGCAACUUGGUCGGCAUUGAUGAUUUGGACUGAAGGGCCUGUUUCCGUGCUGCAUUAUUUCUCUGACUCCAGUGGAGUCCUUUUCACCUGCAAACACUGAGAAUUAGUGGGAGCACCGAGUCUUGUAACAGUGGUUGGGUGAGAACUGAGGCUCAGCCCUUGAUCAGUAUACGGAUGCUGGCCGGGAACCUGCAGUGAGAAGUAACAGAACUUGUGAUGACUGUUGUACUGGAGGAAAUCAUUCAGUAAUAAGCAGAGAAAACACUGGGAACAUUCAGCAGGUUGGGCAGCAUCUGUGGAGAGAGAAAGAGUCACAGAGUGGUACAGCACAGAAACAGGCCCUUCAGCCCACCACAUCCAUGCCGACCUUUCUACCCAUCUGCACUCUUCCUAUUUGUCCGCAUUAGGACCAUAUCCCUCCAUGCCUGUUUGCUGAGCCUUUGCUCACUGAACAGGUGAGGGUCAUGUCUAUUUCAGUGUCUGUGUAAAUGCCUCUUAAAAGUAGUAAUUGUAUCUGAUUCCACGCCUCCUCUGGCUGUGCGUUCCGGAUGUCAACUACUGUGUGUUUAAAACAAAAAGAAAAGAAAUUUGCCCCUCAAAUUCCUUUUAAAAUUUUUCCUCUCACCUUAAACCUAUACCAUCUUGAGUUUGGUAUCCCUGCUCUGCCAUAUCAAUGCCCCCACAUGAUCUUCUGUCAGGUCACCAUUCCGUCUCCUCCACUCCAGGGAAAACAGGUGCACCCUAUCCAAUGUCUCCAAUCCAGGCAAUAUCCUGGUGUAUCUCCUCUACACUCUUUCCAGCAUCGUCACAUCCUUCCUAGAGCAAGGAGUCACAUUUAACUCAGCUCGAUGUUGAAUUCAACCAAAACUACCCACAAUACUCCAAGUGAGGAGAGGGAGAGAACGAGUCAGUUUUAUGUUGCAAUGGGGCAGGGCAUGGGUGGAUGGGACUGAGGGAAUAUCGCUGAUGAAAUGAGGCCAGGGUUGCUGAGGUGAUUCAUCUGUUUACUGAGCCUCUGCUCACUGAACAGGUGAGGGUCAGGAAGGGAGAAAACAAGCAAAGUGUUAAAGCUGUGAAAUGGAAGAUGCUAAAAACUGAAAACAAAAGGAGAUGCUGAAAAUAUGCAGCAGAUCGGGCAGUGUCUUUGGAGAGAGUGGACCAGUUCUGAGACAGACAGAAAAGCACAUUAUCUGAAGUCAAUGUUGAGCCCUAAAGGAUGCAGUGCCAUUUAACUUCGCCACCCCACUCCCACACUGACCUCUCUGUCAGUGACCUGCUACGUCACAACGAGGCCAAUGCCAGCCCGAUGAACAACACCCUGUCUUCCACUUGGACACAUUACAGGCAGCAGGACUCGAUAAUGAAUUCAAUAAUUUUAAGCAAUUUGAUGUCUUUGUUUGUAUCAGAUGUAGCCAAUUCCGCCCAAGGUCAUCCUUUUGUAUAUUAACAGUGUUUCUCUGCUUUGAGCCACAUUUCACAGCUUUAACAUGCCUUUGUUUUUCCCUCGCCAUAACUGCCAUCAUUAAUCUAUCAACCCUCCACCUCCGUAAACAGUCAGCAGCCCUGGCCUCACCCCCUCUGCCUUAUCUGUCACUCCAAACUAGCACCAACUUGUUCCCUCCCUGACCCAGUUGAGGUGAAGGGUCGCAGACCUGUUCCUCUUCUCUCACAGAUGCUGCCUCACCUACAGAGUGUUCCUCAAUUUUCUAAUCUGACAGCAGUUUCUGGAAUGAGCAUGUGUUAAGUUAAAUGCGAUUCCUUGAUCUGUCAAUGGAGAGCAGGGUUUUACAGAUUAUGAACUGGUGAUAACUUCAGGUAUUUAUAAAUGCUUCUUGUCAUCUGAGAAUGUUACCAAUUGUUGCAUGAGCAAACUGUUUUUAAAGUGUAUAGCUGUAAUUAGUACAAACCAACCUCUUUACAAAGAAUUAGGGUAUCAUUCCCUGAAUUAUUUUAUAAUACUCUGAUUUUAGAAUUAAGCUUUUUUUGACAUUUCCGCUUUCUCUUUAAUCAUAUUCAGAUGUUUAUUUUGGGCUCUGUAACAUGUUGAAAGUGUUGGGUA